CAGUCACCGGAGAUUAGAACAGUUGAUUUUUUGUGUGUGCCAUUUUCUCCUCUGAACUUUGUCAAAUUGCUUGUUUCAAAUGGUAUAUCCGGAGUAGAAAUUAGCUUGGAAACAGGUGGAUUCAUUAAUUAAAGCAAUCAUCAUUGAGUGGAUAAUGUGGCUAAUUGAAUCGAAGAGUUAAUUUUGCGGUAGUCUAUACUUCGGCAUUUUGUUUGUGUUACUAUGGCGCAACCACACGUCUUCAUUUUUGCUCAUUGGACUGGUCGUAACACAAGCCUGCCAUGGACCCAAGGCUAACCGAAACGCAACGUACUUUCGGGACCAAAUUAAAAUUGAUUUUUUAACUAAUGCUGCGGAAAUUUGGAUAAAAGCGAUUCUAAAAUUACAUGGGUGUAUGCGGCCAUUCGGUAGAUAGCCAAUCUUGUGACGUCAUGACCACGUGACACGAGAGGAAUGAUACGGAGGACUUUGUCGAUGCUGGGAACAGAGCUACUGGUUUCGUCGCGGUCAAAUCGACCAACCCAUCGAGACAUGACAACACACUUAUGUAACGAGGAUGCGAUAGCCUAUAGAUGCGAUAUUUGCCAAUCUGCCAAAAGUGGGAGUUAUUUUCGGAUCGUACAUUUACGAUGGUCUUUUCAGAUUUUAACCACUAUCAACUAUUAUCAUGGGCCGGCCAUGGACAAUAAUGUCUAUCCAUUACUGUGGUAAAACUGCAAUUACGACAACAUUCUGACAGCGAACGAGAUUUUAAGUGUUGAUCACGAUGCGAGAGCAGUGUGCCGAAGUCUAAAGAGCGUUCACGCCGACGCACUCCAAGUGUUCAAAGAGUGAUUUCUGACGAAGAAAUGGGCCACGGAAACACGGCAGAUUUGUAUCCGAGCGAUCUGAAGUGGCGACGGUAGAACAAUGGAACCCUGGGUUUAUCAAGAAUUGAUGAGAUUUUAAGAGGGGCUAACGAGCUGCCUACCCACAAUGCCCGCCGUCAAAUACGCAUUUAUUAUCGGGGAUCUAUUUUAGAAAAUCAUGCGGGAUCAGCAGGAAAUCCCAUGGUUACCGCCAUUGGUUGGGCAGUCGUACGGUGCGGGGAGAUCCGUCUGUGAGGAGGUUUCCGCGGCAGGCAGGGACGGGGGCGAGUCAGCCAGGGGCCCGGUGAACUUGGAGGAGGAGAGGCAGGGUGAUUUGGAGUUUGUGACUUGUGUGACCUGUGGUCUGCCAUUUAUCCUGAGAUGUGGGCCGUCUGAAGAGGUUAUGGCAGGGGAUUGGUUCACUCGGAGUUGGCCUGGCCAAUCACGACAGUCAACCACAACACCAGGCGUUUGGCAGCAGACGACACACCACCGAAACAACAGAAAUCACACCUCCUACUCCCGCCAGGUCCAGUCACAGACCACUCACCGCCACCGUGACGUCAGCUCGCUGGGCCUGCGCAGAUCCAAGACAUGCGCAGACUUUGCCUACGCUGGACGAACCGGCCAAUCACAUCGAGGCUCUGGUGACGUAUCAUUUGGCAGCCUGCCAAAAGUACACGGAACUGCUCGGGAAUCUGGGACUGCCUUUAUCGGGUCUAGCAACGGACUCGCUGACAGGGCUUCGGCAUUCAAGAGUCUGGCCAACAAUCCCCGUCUUCAGGUGGAAACUGUGAACGGAACCACGAGGAUUUUCAGAGCUUCCGAUCGGCGCCCGAGGUCGCUUCCAGCGAAGUUUUCAGAUUCACCCGUCAGUGAAAACACUUUACCCCCGGACAUUCCCGAGCCGAAGAAAGUGCUCUACGUUUCCAAACACGGCUUUCAUCCACGGAGUAAGUCGCCGACCUAUCCCGUUUUGAUUGGGACAAAAGACACGCUGAACCUGGCACUGUGUAAGAAAUUAUGGGGGAUCAGGCGAGAUUUAGAGGGUCGAAAGGCCCGUGAGAACUCGGUAGUUUUUAGCGAAAUCUCGCAGGCACUGGUUGACGAGAAAGAGACGGAUCGGUGGUACGAGAAGAUGUUUGAUGAACACGAACAGGACGAUGUCGAGGACCAGGACAUGGCAGCCAUUGAGAGCCUCCGAUUGGCCAAUCCAGACGGCGAGUUUGCGCAGUCGGACGAAUCCAUCAGCACUGUUCAACCUCGUCCUCAAGUGGAUCUUCUCUUCGACAAGAAGUACCUGAAGGAACACAUUAACGACUGGACGAUUCUUGGAAUCGACAUCGAGGAAGAGGAAAUGAAAACAGAGCAGAGGUCGAAGCCGGCCUCCUCAGCGAGACCAACGUCCGCCAGUAGGAAACCUCGCGUACCCAUUCAAACGACAACAGUGAAGGCGGAAGUUUCCCACAGACAGACCAGUUUUGCAAACAAAGAAUCAAAACCUGUCAGGACUAAACGCGAGCACAGAGCUACGAGGCUUCCUGCCGUGCCCACCAAUGGCCGCGUGUUUCACGCCAGAGACAAUCGAAAGAAGAGAGGUAAUAAGAUUACUAAGAAGCCAAUCCUUGCCCAACAGAGUGAUGAAGAACUCUUACCUGAUCUCACUAAUGGAGGCAGGGACACAAGAACCCCCUCACCGACGUUUGAGUUCUCUCCCAAUGAACCAGAAAACUCAGACGACUUGGUACUGGAUGACAUGGACCGACGCAAGAGCUUAAUUUCCAAGUAUCUCCGUUCUCCAAAACCAAGUGAAAGUCCCCCAGUUUCGGAAGAGCUAGAGGACACACCAGCUGAAAACCCCGAAAAGGCGGAUUCUCCUGAGCAGGAAAAUGAAGAGGAGAAACCAAAGGAACUGACGGAGAAGGAGAAAUUUGUCUUGAUGCGGAAGAGGAUGGACGAACGAAAAGCCAAAAUGCAGAAGCGCAGAGAGGAUUUCCUGGAAUACUCCAUGCCCGGGAUGAGGUCACAGAGACGGCGCGGUGCCGGCGACCCAGGGGCGCCCUCGUCGAGCAAAAACAGUCUGGGCAGCCUCAUGUCGACGAGGUUGGAGUCCAUGGCGACGUUCAAGACGCGAAAGUAUCAGGGGGAAGAAGUGGAUGAAGAAGACGAGGGAGAUGAGGAUGAGGACGAAGACGAGAAUGCAGAGGAUGAAGGAGAUUCUGAGGAAGACGACAGCUGAUUGAAAACUGAAAUCUAGAUGAAGAUAUGAGAUUGGGGACCUCUAUAAACUCGAAAGGUUUUGCACGUUGAAUCAACUUUGUUUUUUUUAGAGAGAUACCUUGAUUUAUUUCUGUUUUAACGCUGUGUUUUAGUCGAGUACAGUUUGAAUGACCCUGUUUGGAGAGCCGAGUUAAAUUGCCGAAUCGUUAACCAUAGUAAAGCACACGAAAUAAUCAAUAAAAUCUAGGCCUACUUUUUUUGUUCUUUGACUUUUUGUCGAAUACAAAAAAAAGAGGAAACACUGCAAAUGUAGAAUUAGUUCCGGAAAUAUCCAGUACUUUUCGAAACGAAGCAGAUAAACUGAUAUAAAGCAGCUACUGAUGCACGUCUUACAAAUUGAAUAGGCCAGUCCUUGGUUAUUUGUGAAGCACAAUGUCAUGUUGGCAGGUCCUUAUUGCUUUCAGUAUACGACCAUUAUAAAUCAUGCAUUGAUCAUCAGCGACGUAACUACAACCUAACUUGGGGGGGGGACACCCAGUGUUGUACAGCGUACAUGAUAGCACUUGUAUACCAGUGCUCGUACGCGCAUGACCAAGUACUCGUACUUUUGCAAAUGUUCUCCCGUAAGAACGUUGUUAAAUUAAAGAACUACCGUAUGCGGAAAAGAGCCUUUUUUUUUUACUGUUUGGGAUGUUUCUUCAUGUGUUUCAUGCCAUUUGAUACUAAAAACCCUUGAAAGUACGUGACACAUUAAAAACUUCUCCUACAAGCUACUCAUAUCCGAGUACAUACAUUUGUUUGUACUCGUACUCUUGGAGAAAAAAAAUUCUUGUUCUCGUACUCAUGAAAAUGUACCCGACUACAACGCUGGGCCUACCUGAGGGUGCACUGAAGACAAAUAAAACGCAUCAUUGCAAAAUAAGGAUUUUUAUCAAUUCAAGAUUUCGAAAGGGGUAGGACACCCGGGAAGGGGGAGGGGCACGGACAUCCGCUUGGGGCACGUUUGGGGCACACUUCCCCCACCCCCGUAGUUACGCCACUGUUGAUCAUUCGUUUGUAAUUUAAGAAGUGCACUUUUCGUCACUUUUUAUGUCUCGCAUGUUCUGUCCCUGGAGUAUUUUCGAGUUUCAUCCAGAAAUACAAAAUGUAUACGUACUUUACUUUUUUUCAAUUGAUUGUUUAUAGCAAUCCAAAAUUAAUUACUUUUAAAUGAGACAUUGAGCGAGCACUGUACAUGUAUUUGUGGCCCGACAAUAUUUCAGUCGUUUCUUUUUGUGCAUGACAGGCCCACUAACAGCUCGAAAUAUAAGACUUUUUUCGGGAGAUUGCAGACGCACACAAUGUAGUAUGCAGUAAAAAAAAAUAUACAAAUGUAUAUUGAAGACAAAAUGAUGAAGACCCUGAACAGUAAAAUAAUCCCUAAUGUGCUUUUCAAAACCGAGUAUGAUUCACUCUCUAAAUUCUAAAGAGUGAAAUUAGGGACUAGACGUUUUAGAGUGAAAAUCACUCUCAUUUUCAAUUGAAAAAGUCUGACUAUAAAAGAACACCUCAGUCGAAGCUCGAGAGAAAACUCGAGUGUUACGAUUGAAAGAAUUUCACUCUAAAACGUCUAGUCCCUAGUUUCCGACUGUGGGAGUAAAUCUUCACUCGAAUGGAGUGAAUAUUCACUCCUUGGAAUUUAGAGAGCAAUUACCCAUUACGUGAAUGCAGUAACUGACCUGUUUAAUGGCCUUAUGCGUGGCAGACACAGGUUCGCCCCCUUUACAUUUUUACCUAGGCCAUUGUCGGAAAUAAGCCUCUGUACUGAUGACGUCACACUUUGUUUACAUAUGUGCUUUCUUAUGGGAGCCUGGUGGGAACCACGGUUUCGUAGCCCCAUAGAAAAGCGCACACGUAAACAAAGUGUGACGUCAUUAGUACAGAGGCGUAUUACUUAAAAGAAUACACUGGCCAUAAAUGCACUAAAACAAAUAAAUGCCCCCUUUAUUUUCCUAGGCGGUGCAUGCACGCAUCAACUUUCAAGCUUUGACUUAAAGGAAAAGUAGGUAAUGUAAAUUUUACCAUACGAAUCAGUUUUAGCAAAUAUCUCAGCUUGCCUAAAAUAUUUGUUCAGCGAUUUUGGAAUGCUGCGAGUCUAUAAUUCACACAGUGGUUUAUUUUUGUUGUCACCCCGACACUGCUAUUUUGUUUUGUAUUUUAUCAUUUAAAAAAAAAUGUUAUUGAGAUGUUUGAAUGGAAUUUGUUUUGUGUAGAAGCUGAAUAAAAAUGUUUUUAAUGAAUCUGUUUAUUUUUCAAACAAUAUAAGAGUUUGUAAAUAAAUAAAGAGAAAAACAACAACCGAUAUACAUGUACAUGGUGGUGCAAAAAGAAGGAAGCCCGCUUUGACAGGAGUGUUAACCUACUUAACUUAUUUCAACUUUUUUGUAUAAUGUAGUGAAGUAUAGCUUUUCAACCAUACAUGGUGAAAAUAUCUUUAAUUUAAUAAACAAAUCACAAGAACAAUGUUUUUGUGCUAAUUGGAAUACAA